AUGACCAUGGCAAUGCCGCAGGGGAACGCGGUCUUCCCGCGGAGCCACGUCGGCUUUGACAGCAUCACUCAACAAAUCGAGAAGAAGCUGUUGAAGAGAGGGUUUCAGUUCAACAUCAUCUGUGUCGGUCAAACCGGUCUCGGAAAGUCAACUUUGAUCAACACUAUCUUUGCUUCGCAUCUUAUCGAUUCCAAAGGCCGCCUAAGACCGGAUGAACAGAUACGUUCCACAACCGAGAUCCAAACUGUCUCCCACAUCAUCGAGGAAAAUGGUGUGCGAUUGCGGCUCAACAUAGUCGAUACACCCGGCUACGGCGACCUAGUGAACAAUGACCGAUGUUGGGAUCCCAUCGUGAAGUACAUCAAAGACCAGCACUCUGCGUACCUGCGAAAAGAACUUACGGCACAACGAGAACGCUACAUCCAAGAUACCCGCAUCCACUGCUGCCUCUUCUUUAUCCAACCCUCAGGCCAUGCCCUCAAGCCUCUGGACAUUGUGGUCUUGAAGAAACUAUCCGAUGUUGUCAAUGUUGUCCCCGUCAUUGCAAAGGCCGACUCCCUCACACUCGAAGAACGCCGGGCGUUCAAGGAGCGCAUCAAGGAGGAGUUUGCUUUCCACAACCUCAAGAUGUACCCAUAUGACAACGAGGAACUGGAUGACGAGGAGAGAGCCACCAAUGCCACCAUCAAGGACAUCAUUCCGUUUGCAGUAGUGGGCAGCGAGAAAUCGAUCAUCGUUAAUGGCAAGCAGGUGCGCGGCAGGCAGACCAAAUGGGGUGUCAUCAACGUCGAAGAUGAGAACCACUCCGAGUUCGUCUACCUCCGAAAUUUCCUCACCAGAACGCACCUCCAAGACCUCAUCGAAACCACCAGUCAAAUCCACUACGAGACAUUCCGGGCCAAGCAGCUACUAGCCCUCAAGGAGAGCAGUGCAGCGAGUGGCAUGACUGGAAGCAGGCCCAUCAGCCCUUCCGCAGAUCGCGAAUUGAGCCGGGGUUCUCAGCGCAUGACCAUGAAUGGAUAUUAA